GCCGCGCUCCAGCCGGGCCUGGUAGCCGGGCGAGAGAGAGCCCAGCUCGAGUCCAGCUUCUAUCUGCACAGCCUCGGGCGAGGGUUGGUCCUUUGCAGAGCUCCCUCUCCGGCAGGAGCAAGCGGGCCACCAUGACCGAGAACUCCACGUCCAUUUCUGCGGCGAAGCCCAAGCGGGCCAAGGCCUCCAGGAAGUCCACAGACCACCCCAAGUAUUCGGACAUGAUCGUGGCUGCCAUCCAGGCCGAGAAGAACCGCGCCGGCUCCUCGCGCCAAUCCAUCCAGAAGUAUAUCCAGAGUCACUACAAGGUGGGUGAGAACGCCGACUCCCAGAUCAAGUUGUCCAUCAAGCGCCUGGUGACCACCGGCGUCCUCAAGCAAACCAAAGGGGUGGGCGCCUCGGGGUCUUUCCGGCUGGCCAAGGGUGAUGAGCCCAAGAGGUCGGUGGCUUUCAAGAAGACGAAGGAAGUCAAGAAAGUGGCCACGCCAAAGAAGGCAGCGAAGCCCAAGAAAGCUGCUGCCAAAGCCCCCAGCAAGAAACCCAAAGCCACCCCAGCCAAGAAGGCUAAAAAGAAGCCGGCUGCGGCGCCCAAGAAAGCCAAAAAGCCCAAGGUUGUCGAAGCCAAGCCAGUCAAGGCAUCCAAGCCCAAGAAAGCCAAAUCCGGGAAGCCCAAAGCCAAGUCCAGUGCCAAGAGGGCCAGCAAGAAGAAGUGACAAAAAAGCCUCUUGAUUUGUGGACACUCCUCCUUGUUUCUGUAAAUACUUUUCUCUAUCUCACCUGCAGCCCUUCACCCAUUCUCUUCUGACUUUGUAAAGACAGUUCGGACUCUUCAGACAUUGUGGAACAAUUCCUUUUUCCUUGAUAAUUGUGCAAGGACAGGAAAGACCCUUCUCUCUAAUCAUGAGGAUGUA